ACCGAAACGCGCCAAAGACCAGAACAGAACAGAGAAAGGAAAAACAGAGAGAACAAAAAAGAAGAUCGGAGACAUGACUUCCCCUAUGGACCGCCUCACAACGGAGCAGGAACUCACCGUCAUCGUUGCCGCCCUCACCAACGUCGUCACCGGAUCCACCUCCUUCUCCUCCUCCCCGGCGGAUUUCAUCCGCCACGCAUCUCAGCCCUCUGCUGCCGUCGGCUCCAGCGGAAGCUGUGGCGGAGUAUUCGAGGACACGUGUCGCGAAUGCAACAUCAAGGGAUGUUUAGGGUGCAACUUCUUCCGCGAAGAGAAAAAAGUUAACAGCGGCAACAGCAAGAAAAGUAGCAUUCAGAAAAGGGCGAAGAAGAAGUACAGGGGAGUGAGGCAGAGACCGUGGGGAAAAUGGGCUGCGGAAAUUCGCGACCCGCGGCGUGCGGCUCGCGUGUGGCUGGGGACAUUCAACACGGCGGAGGAGGCCGCCAUGGCUUACGACAAAGCCGCAAUCGAGUUCCGUGGACCGCGAGCCAAACUCAAUUUUCCUAUGGUCGACGAGUCCCUUAGGGCCCAGGCCCAACAGCCCAACGUUAAUGAGGCUAUUGUGAAGGACGAGAAUUCAAAGGAGGAGGAAAUCGAAACGAUGCCGUUUGGGAAUAAAGAGAACGAGUUCUGGGAAAGAAUGGGAGAUGCUGAUUUUCAGCAGCUUAUGAUGAUGAUGGAUUUUGCUGGAGAUUCUUCUGAUUCUGCGGCUACAGGGAACACCCUAAGUUCUUGAGUUCUACCAUGAAUAAACCCUAAACCCAAGAAUUAAGUAGUAGUGUACAAUAUUCAACUAAGAGCGGGAAGCAUUGCAUUAGUUAGUUUCAGACUUUAGUAGAAUGUAUAAUUAAUGUACGAAUUUGUAUGCAUUUCUUCUCCUUUUUUUUCCUUCUUCCACUGAAUUUUAUACUGGAGGAAGCUUGUAAGUCCUGAAAUCAUUGUUUUCAACGUGCAUUGUAUAUUAUGAAUGAUCAAGAUUGUAAUCAUUAUUGUA